UUGCAUGUCAGCAUUUUGCCCAGUCACAUAGAACAGCUUAGUUUACGCAGAAAGAGAAGCAAAACGGAACUCAGCAGUCAUGCAAGCAGCAGCUCUGGUUAAUCGGCUUUUAUGUGCCCAUGAUGGGCGAAUCGAUCUUGAGGACUUGUGUGGUCAGCUGUCUGGACUGUCAUUACGUGACGAAGUAGAAAAUGUACUCAAAGACACGGAUAUGUUUCUGACCACUGGUGACAGAAACAAAGUGGUGGUUGCCAAGACCAAGCUGAGACUUUGUAGAGUCAGAGAAUGUCAAGGCUGCAGCAACCUUCACCUGUGUAAAAUGUACCUGUUUGGAGAUUGUCCAUACGACAGAGGAAGACGAGGGUGCCGUUUCUCCCAUGAUCUUUAUUCAGGACAUAAUGUCAGUGUGCUGCGCCAACACAACCUGCUGGAGCUGGACCGCACUGAGCUGUGCGUUAUACUGCUUCAAAAUGACAACACCUUGUUGCCUCCAGUGUGUUUCACAUAUAACAAAGGCAGUGGUGAAUAUGGUAGCUGUCCUGAUAAAGAGGCCUGUAGAAGACUCCACAUCUGUGAGAGCUACAUCAGAGGAACCUGUGAUGGCAGCACUGAAUGCAGCCGAUCCCAUGACUUCUACGAACCUCAUCCCAUGAAAAACCUUCAGGCCAAAGGAGUGUCCAGUCAGCUAAUGGGGUCCAUGCUUCCAGCCUACAGGAAUAUACUUACAGUCUGGGAUGCUAAUCGAGCUUACAGCAGUAACACUCCAGCCAGGACGUCAGAGAAAUGUGAGAUAUGCCUGUUCUACAUCAAAGGUUUCUGCAAACAAGGAAACAGAUGUUGGCAGGUGCAUUUCCAGUUGCCUUACAAGUGGGAACAAAGAGAUGGACACAGCUGGAAAGUUCUGGAAGAUAAUGAAGAGAUAGAGCGGGCUUUCUGUGAUCCUGCUAAGACAUACAGCGAUGGUAGUGUACCAGUACACUUUGAUACCAUGACUCGAGGUUUCGCAGAGGUCCGCCGUCUCUCCACUGUUUCUUCAGUGCUCAAUCCCAACUUCAUCCUCACCACCACCUGGGUCUGGUACUGGGAGGAUGACAAUGGAAACUGGAUCCAGUAUGGAUCUUCACAAGGGACACAGCACGCAUCUUCCAUCACCAGUGAGGAUCUGGAGAGGAAAUUCCAAGAAGACAACAGCACUACGAUCGAGUUCACAGCAGGCCGACAUUCGUAUGAGCUCAACAUGCAAGACAUGAUUCAAUCUAACAAACAGAUUGGCACCAAAAGGCUGGUUAGGAGGAGACCCUCGUUUGUUUCAGCAGAAGAUGUACAAAAAAUCAAAACAAGUCGAAAGGAAUACAGUGGUCAUCCACAAAAUCCCAGAGUUUUGCCACGUCACUGGGACAAAGGCAGCAUGCCUGAAACUGGGUUCAAGAGAGUUCUCCUAAAGAGCACCACUGAGGAAUAUAAAAAGAUUGUUGAGCUUUUUAAUCAGACCAUGUCAGGAUUCCAUGUGAAGAGCAUUGAGAGGGUGCAGAACCGGGACCUAUGGGAGGUUUUUCAAUGGCAAAGAGAUGUCCUGAGAAAGAAAACAGCAGGCAAGGAAAAUGAAAAACUUUUAUUCCAUGGGACCAAGUCCAAGCAUAUCGAUGCAAUCUGCCAGCAGAACUUUGACUGGAGAAUCUGUGGAGUACAUGGGACAGCAUACGGGAAAGGGAGUUAUUUUGCUAGAGAUGCCAACUACUCCCAUAACUACACUGAUGAGUCUGGAACCCGGUGCAUGUUCGUUUGCCGGGUGCUGGUAGGGGAAUACACCAACGGACAUUCCAGUUAUCUCCGCCCUCCCUCGAAAGAUGGAGACACCAUAUUCUAUGACAGCUGUGUGAACGACAUCAGCAACCCCUCCAUAUUUGUCAUAUUUGAGAAGCAUCAGGUGUACCCUGAGUACUUAAUUCAGUAUGAUAAAAAACUUGACACUAUUCCAACAAUUACCCAGAGACCACAAGUGGCCCCUCGUCCAAUCACCCUCCACUCAGCCCAACUGUUGCCAUUCACUCAGAUGUCCAAGCCCCUCUCAUCCAGAAAUCCUGCCAAAAUUGUAAAGUCAGAAAGGCCAACACUGACUAGAUCAACUAGAGCAUUUGGAUCAAUGACUUCUAUAGCAAACUUUUCCUCUCAAGCCAAUGAUCCAGGCUCAUUCAGACAUGAGAAUCCCAGACCAAGAAGCUCAAAUUUGACACGCUCAUCUAGACAGUUUGGUUCUUUAACCUCAUUAGCAAAUUUGUCAACACAUGCCGGUACUUCACCCUCCUUUAGUCUUCAUUUCAGAUCUCAGACAAGUGUUCCCCAACCAAGGGUCAAUCGUGAAACUGCAACUAAGAGGCCCAGAAGCUCUACAGCGGUUUAUGAGCCUUGGUUUAUCCGUAAUUUUAGUACCAUUGCAGCACCCCUUACAUCUUUGUUAAAGGGAAACCCUAAAAGAAUUAACUGGAAUCCGCAGGCCAAUAGGGCCUUUCAGAACCUCAAGGAGGCAUUCACCUCUGCUCCCAUUCUGAAGCACCCCGACCCACAACAACCAUUUGUGGUGGAGGUGGAUGCCUCGGAGACUGGAUUCACCACCAUUCUGACAGCGGUGAAUCGGUUUUCACGAGGAGUGCGAUUUGUCCCAUUCUCCACACUCCCUAGUGCAUUUCAGACAGCCGGGGCUUUGUUCCAACAAGUAUUUCGUUACUUCGGCAUCCCCGAAGACAUCGUAUCUGACAGAGGACCCCAAUUCACGUCACAAGUAUGGGCAGCCUUUUUUGAACAUUUAGGGGUUUCUGUCAGCCUGACUUCCAGGAGCGAGCAAGUAUGGGAGCAGACUCAUCAGCGAAUCGAAACCGUACUACAGAAGAACAAGGAACAAGCAGACCGUCAUCGAGGACCAACCCCAGUGUAUCAACCAGGGGAGAGAGUCUUGCUGUCCACGAAGGACUUCCGACAUCCAGAGGGAAGUUGCAAGAAAUUACUGCCCAAAUAUAUUGGGCCUUUUAGAGUAGUAAAACGUAUCAAUGAUGUUACCUAUAGAUUAGACUUACCCCCUCGCUUUAGAGUUUCGAGAUCGUUUCAUGUGUCUCUACUAAAACCUGCCAUUACAGGGCCCUUGGACGAGGGUUUCCCCGACGUCACGCCACUCCCACCGGAGGUGAUAGAUGGGGCACCUGUCUAUGCUGUCCGUAGGCUGCUGGACUCCAGGAGACAUGGGGGACAGCUGCAAUACCUGGUGGACUGGGAGGAGUAUGGACCGGAAGAACAAUGCUGGGUGUCCGCUAAGGACAUAUUAGACCCGGCUCUCUUAGCGGGCUUUCACAGUCGCUACCCGCAGAAACCCGCUCCUCGUCCCAGAGGUCGUCCACGGAAGCAGCUGUCCUGCUCCCUGCCUACUCGCCUGGGGUCGUCUCAGCCAGAGGGCUCCUCGGUCCAGCGCCUCGGCAGUUCUGGUUCCGCCCCUGUUCGGAGAUCCGGUGGGGUGCGUGGUGGUCGUCCUGGCAGAUCUCGGUCCAAGACCCGCCCGGACUCUUUGGGGGUGGGUACAGUCACGCCUCGGGCAGAUUCCCAGAAGGACAUGGGAAAUCACGUGGAUGAGCAACUUUUCUCGGACUCGGAGUCCAGAGCGGACUCCAUUGCCCAUAAUCCCUUGGGUGAUCACAUGACUCAUGACAAUCGUUCACGCACCUGUCAGCGUUCUCAAUCACCCGAGUGGUAUUUAGCAAAACUUAGGAUGGAGAUUUUUGCUAAAUCUGGCAACCCUGUGAGGAGGUCCAGCUUCCACUCGCUGUCGCUUUCUGGAAAAGCGAAACAGCUCGCGCUCCCUCUAAGGCGAGUCACGUUCGCUUCCCGAGAGUCUCUGAGAGGCCCUGAAACCUUCACUAACGUUGAAACGUCGACGCUAAACAUUUCUUCCUGCAAUUGUGCGACGGCCCCUAACAGUGCAGCUUGCCGCAGAAGGAAACACAGUGAUAAGCGGCUGGUGAGAAAAAGCAGACGGAGACACAGAGGCGACACAGUCAUGCAAACAGCAGCUCUGGUUAAUCGGCUUUUAUGCGCCCAUGAUGGCCGAAUGGAUCUUGAGGACUUCUAUGGUCAGCUGUCUGGACUGUCUUUACGUGAUGAAGUAGAAAAAGUACUCAAAGACACGGAUAUGUUUCUGACCACUGGUGACGGAAACAAAGUGGUGGUUGCCAAGACCAAGCUGAGACUUUGUAGAGUCAGAGAAUGUCAAGGCUGCAGCAACCUUCACCUGUGUAAAAUGUACCUGUUUGGACUGUGUCCAUACGACAGAGAGAGACGAGGGUGCCAUUUCUGCCAUGACCUUGGUUCAGAGCAUAACAUAAGUGUGCUGCGCCAACACAACCUGCUGGAGCUGGACCGCACUGAGCUGUGCGUUAUACUGCUUCAAAAUGACAACACCUUGUUGCCUCCAGUGUGUUUUACAUAUAACAAAGGCAGUGGUGAAUAUGGGAACUGUCCCGAUAAAGAGGCCUGUAGAAGACUCCACAUCUGUCAGAGCUACAUCAGAGGAAACUGUGAUGACAGCAGUAAAUGCAGCCGAUCCCAUGACUUCUAUGAACCUCAUCCAAUGAAAAACUUACAGAGCCAAGGCGUGCCCAGUCAGCUGAUGGGGUCAAUGCUGCCAGCCUACAGGAACAGGCUUGCAAUCUGGGAUGCUAAUAGUCACAGAGUUAGCACCAGUACCACUUCAACUGCAGCAGAGAAAUCUGAGAUAUGCUUGUUCCACAUCAAACAUUACUGCAAACGAGGGAAUAGGUGUCAAAGGGUGCAUUUCUAUCUGCCGUAUAAGUGGGAAAUUAGUGAUGGACACAGCUGGAAAAUUCUGCCAGACAAUCAAGAGAUAGAACAAGCAUUUUGUGAUCCUGCUAAGGCAUACAGUGAUGGCAGUGUACCAGUAUACUUUGACACUAUGACUCAAGGUUUUGCAGAGGUUCGCCGUCUGUCCACUGUUUCUUCAGUGCUGAAUCCCAACUUCAUCUUCACCACCACAUGGGUCUGGUACUGGGAGGAUGAGAAUGGAAACUGGAUCCAGUAUGGAUCUUCACAAGGAACACACCGCACACCUUCCAUCACCAGUGAGGAUCUGGAGAGAAAAUACCAAGAAGACAGCAGCGCCACAAUCGAGUUUACAGCAGGCCAACGUUCUUGUGAGCUCAACAUGCAAGACAUGAUGCAGUACAACAGACAGAUGGGCACCAAAAGGUCAGUCAGGAGGAGACCUGUGUUUCUGUCUGCAGAAGAUAUACAGAAAAUCAAAGCAAGUCAAAAGGAAUCCAGGGGUCCCUUACAACAUUCUAAAGCUUUGCCUCAUCACUGGGAUAAGACCAACAUGCCUGAAAGUGGUUUCAAGAGAGUUCUCCUAAACAGCAAUACUGAUGAGUAUAAGAAGACUGAUGAGCUCUUUCGUCAGACCAUGUCUGGAUUUCAUGUGAAGAGCAUUGAGAGAGUGCAGAAUCGGGACUUAUGGGAAGUUUUUCAGUGGCAAAGAGAUGUCCUGAAAAAGAAAACAGCAGGCAAAGAAAAUGAGAAAUUUCUGUUUCACGGAACUCAGCACAAGCAUAUCGAUGCAAUCUGCCAGCAGAACUUUGACUGGAGAAUCUGUGGAGUACAUGGGACAGCUUAUGGGAAAGGGAGUUAUUUUGCCAGCGAUGCCAAGUACUCCCACAGCUACACUGACAACCAGUCUGGAAAUCGAUGCAUGUUUGUUUGCCGAGUUCUGGUAGGAGAAUACACCAACGGAUGUCCCGACUAUCUCCGCCCUCCUGCGAAAGAUGGAGAGGACACCAUUUUCUAUGACAGCUGUGUGAAUGACAUCAGCAACCCCUCCAUAUUUGUUGUAUUUGAGAAGCAUCAGGUGUACCCUGAGUACUUAAUUCAGUAUGAAGGGGAGGCAGAGACCAGUCCUGAGCAAGUCCUCAUGGAUGAGUUUUCCCAGAUGAAUCUUAUUAGUUUCGAUGAUUUGUCUGAAUCCUGCCAGCUUUCUAGCCACUCUUCAUUCUCAAGUCUUACCAGUGAUGAAGAGACUAUAGAGCCUGUAGACCCAGUUCUGUCCUCUGUCACAGUCACUGGCCCACGAAAAUCCCAUAUUAUUCGUCAUCGUGCAGCCAUUCGACCUACCUUCACACACUCAAAGACAAAAUCUUUCAGAAAUGGUAUAGCACACCUAUCAACACACACCCACCUCUCCAAGAUCUCCUCAGUCAGGAAGUCCACCAGCAGGAAGACUGUAAGGCCACUGAGUCAUCAAAGGUACCUUAGAAGAUUUGGUUCUGUGGUGCAACCAAGUAACAUGUCAGUAAAUGACACAAUUCCAGUUAGCAGUCAAAAUGCCACACAAGAGAGCGUUGUUGAAUCAGCUUUGGGAUUAAUUCCUGAGAAUUUGUCUACAAACAUGUCAGUUGAUACCAAGCCAUCAAAUUCUGUUAGGAAUCAGAAAGCAAGACAACAGAGGUCAAGAUUCACUAGGUCAACUAAAGGGUUAAGUCCUGUGACCUUACCUGCAAACUUGUCAACUGAUACCAAGAUUUCAAAUUCCAAGAGACAUCAGAAUGCUAGACGACACAGGACAAAUUUGACCAGGUCAGCUAAAGGAUCAAGUCCAGUGACUUUGUUUGAGAAGUUGUCAACUGAUGCCAAGACUUCAAACUCAGGUAGAAGUCAGAAGGCCAGACAACAGAGAGCAAAUUUGACCUUUAAAGAAGUAAGUCCCCUGACUUUGUCUGCAGGCUUGUCAAGUGACAGCAAGACAUCAAAGCCAGAUAGAAAUCAAAAUGCUAAACAAAAGUCGUCAAGUGUACCCAGGUCAGCUACUGGAGAUGUCAAGACUUCUAAGCCAGUAAGAGGUCAAAAUACCAAACAAGAGUUGUCAAAUGUGCCUACGUCUGUGGUUUCUGUGGUUUCAUCUACAAACUUGUCAAGAGAAACCAAGACUUCGAAGUCUGUGGUUUCUGUGGUUUCAUCUACAAACUUGUUAAGAGAAACCAAGACUUCAAAGCCAGUUAGAAGUCAAAGUGCCAAACAAGAGUUGUCAAAUAUUCCCAGGUCAGCUGGAGCAUCAAGUGUUGUGGUUUCAUCUACAAACUUGUUAAGUGAUACCAAGACCUCAAAGUCAGUCAGAAGUCAGAACGCUAGCCAACAGAGGUCAAAUUUGACCAGUUCACCUGGAGGUUCAAGUCCUGUGGUUUCAUCUGCGAAGCUGUCAACUGAUACCAAAACUUCAAAGUCAGUCAAAACUCAGAAUGCUAGACAACAGACGCCUGGUUUAACCAGGUCAUCUGGAGGAUUAAAUCCAAGCUUGUCAACUCAAAGCAACACUUCCAAAUCAGUUAGAAGUGACAGUGUCAAAACACAGAGAGCUCCUAAUCCUGCUAGUACAUCUAAGACUAGUGCUGCUUCACAAAAAGGUAAAACAACAGGUAAGGGCUGUAAAGCGAGACAUUAGUUGUGGAGUAGCACCCAUUUACCCCAAUUUUUUUAUCUUACUUAAGAAAAUUCUUAGGAUCUGCUAUCAUUGAUUUGUUGAAUGAUAGUGGUUUGACCUAUCAGAUAAUUACACUUCAAUUAAAUGACCCAAGCCCCUGCCCCUUUUGUUUCAAAAUUAAUACUGCCCUUUUUGAUGAGCUUUAAUUGCUUAAUAUGCUGCUGUGCAAAACCUGAGGAAGCUUUUGGCUGCAUCCUGCCUGAUCACACACAGCCACUUUUUUCUUAUGUCUGAACUGUUUUUUUUUUAACCUGUUCUAAUUUUAAAACACUUUAGUAAAGUAAGCCUAAAUUUCACAGCAUGCGAGACUGUUAAAGUAUGUCACUCUUGUUUGUUAUGUGUGGCAGUAAAGACAUGUCAUUAUAGAUGUAAUGUAGUUGAUAGAUGGUUUGUAUUUUUUUCUUUUUAUUGCCCAUAAAAUCAAAUAAGAAAAAUGUGUUUAGUUAUCUAGUUGAAGGUGUAAACGAAUCUGCAGAAAGAGCUAUACGGAUUGCAAGUUUUGAUUUGUGAUUUAUAUCAUGAACUUUAAUUUACUUUUAAAUAACAAUUAACCAAAUGUAUGCUUUUCAUUCUGUGUGGAGCAUUAACAUGCUUGAAUAAAAACAUUAAGGCAAACCACUGAGAUAGUCAUAUUUU